CCCGCGUGUCCGUUCCCGCGCCCUCGUGUCUGUCCCCGCGUGUCCGCGCGCCGACCACCAACCAGAAAAAUCAUUUUUCUUCUCUGGAGGGUGAACAUUUAUAGCAUUGAUUUCACGGAGCUGGUAACAUGGCAAAAGAUGCCGGUCUAAUUGAAGCCAACGGGGAACUAAAGGUCUUCAUAGACCAGAACCUUAGUCCUGGAAAAGGAGUCGUGUCCUUAGUAGCUGUUCACCCCUCCACAGUAAACACGCUUGGGAAGCAGCUCUUGCCAAAAACGUUCGGACAGUCCAAUGUCAACAUUGCACAGCAAGUGGUAAUUGGUACGCCUCAGAGACCUGCAGCGCCAAACACUAUCGUGGUAGGAAGCCCACACACCCCUAACACUCACUUUGUCUCACAGAACCAGCCUUCAGACCCCUCACCUUGGUCUGCCGGGAAACGCAACAGGAAAGGAGAGAAGAACGGUAAGGGCCUGAGGCACUUUUCCAUGAAGGUCUGUGAGAAGGUGCAGAGGAAGGGAACCACAUCCUAUAACGAGGUGGCCGAUGAGCUGGUCGCAGAGUUCAGUGCUGCCGAUAAUCACAUCUUACCAAACGAAUCCGCUUAUGACCAGAAGAACAUAAGACGGCGAGUCUAUGAUGCCUUAAAUGUGCUGAUGGCCAUGAACAUCAUCUCCAAGGAGAAGAAGGAAAUCAAAUGGAUCGGUCUGCCCACCAACUCAGCUCAGGAAUGUCAGAAUUUAGAGGUAGAGAGACAAAGAAGACUUGAAAGAAUAAAACAGAAACAGUCUCAACUUCAAGAACUUAUUCUACAGCAAAUUGCCUUCAAGAAUCUGGUGCAGAGAAACCGCCAGGCAGAGCAGCAGGCCAGCCGGCCACCCCCGCCCAACUCUGUCAUCCACCUGCCUUUCAUCAUCGUGAACACCAGCAAGAAGACUGUCAUCGACUGCAGCAUUUCUAACGACAAAUUCGAGUAUCUGUUCAAUUUUGACAACACAUUUGAAAUUCAUGACGAUAUAGAAGUGCUGAAGCGCAUGGGGAUGGCCUACGGACUGGAAUCCGGAAGCUGCUCCGCAGAAGACCUGAAAAUGGCAAGAAGUUUGGUGCCGAAAGCACUGGAACCCUAUGUGACAGAAAUGGCUCAGGGAUCACUCGGCAGUGUGUUCAUCACGUCAUCGGUUUCAGCCUCUAACGGCACAAGGCUCUCUGCCAGUGACUUGACCAAUGGUGCGGAUGGGAUGCUGGCCACGAGCUCCAGCGGGUCUCAGUACAGCGGGUCCAGGGUGGAGACUCCCGUGUCCUACGUUGGGGAGGAUGACGACGAGGACGAGGAGUACGAGAACGACGAGGAAGACUGAUGUCUUCUCUCUGGGCCCCGCUCCCCUCAAGUUCAGCUUUAGGAAAACAUGUUUAGGGAAGAGAAACUUUUUUAACGUGGGCUUUUCUGUUUCUGUUUGGCCUCCUCCCAAGAAGACAUUGUAAGCUAUUGAACUGGAUGUGCACCUCCGAUAAGCAAGCGAGGGUGGCUCUCUGCAGGGUCUUGGACGGGCUGCGGUGUGUGUGGAUCCCAGAGUGCUGGGCAGGGCUUGUCUUCACUGUAGGGUUAUGUGUUUUCAUUUUCUGUUCUUUUUAAAUUCAGAGUUCCUUUUUGCCCCUUAACAAUUCUUGCUGAAUUUGCUGAAGAAGUUGUACUCCAUCUACAUCAACAAAUAUAUCGUCAUCCUGCCGAGGCCAUUUAUGCGCAGCGUGUUGUGAAGUGUGCCACCCGCCGGCAGGGUGUGAGGCUCCAGGACGAGUUUCAGUUUGUGAAAUUCCGUGUCGUCCACAAAAACCAAGCAAAUGGCAGAGCUCUGCUUUUUGGCACUGAGCACCAUAAAUCUCAUUGACUUUAUUUUCCCUUAAAUUAUAUGGACUGUGUGAUUCCAUUAAGUUUAUCUUUUUUCUUUCUUUCUCUUUUUUCUUUUUUGGUCUAUGUUGCAGCAAACAUAUUGCAAAGUUCUUCUUCUGUGUUUGUUUCUGUUUGUUUGAGAAUUUUACUGCCAUGCUGGUGCAGCUAUGAAAACUGUCUGGAAAGCUUGGAAUGGUUUAUUGCUUAUGGUAAAAUUUGCCUGAUUUCUUACAGGCAGCAUUUGGAGACUUUUUAUUAUAUAGUUGUUUACAUACUUAUAAGUCUAUCAUUUAAAGACAUGUACGGAAACAAAUGUUGUAUUUGUUUCGUAAGCAUCUUCCUGUAAUCUAUUAUAAAGUUGAAAUUAAAUAUAGAGAAUGUUUUAACAGUUUUUUAACUCAAAAUUUGUCAAUCAUUUUUAAUAGUUCUUUUUUUAUAAAGAGAAAAAGGAAUUUCAGGACAGGCAGUAGCUUCUUUUAAAAAUUUAUUCACAAAGAACCAUUGACUGCACCGUUGCUAUUAGCUGCCUGUCCUAAAACAAUAGUCUUUUUAUUGAAACACAAAUAAACUUUUCUGUAAUAUUUUAUGGAAUAUAAAGAGACUUUAAUUGUUUGACUUGUUUGGCACUGUUAGUUUUUAUUAAUAAAACGCG